AGUCGUCAACAACGUGACUGUUGAGGCAGAUGAAGGAGAGACCGUAAGUCAAAUCUGAGCACUGUCCUCCAAUACUGAGAAUGCGUCAACUAUUGAUGAGCGGAUCUCCAAUUACACUGCCUCUUUGUCUUCAAGUGUCAUUGAUUACCCUAUGGAGUAUGGCCGGCGAUACCAUGCCUUCCGGCCCGGGUCUUAUAUCAUGCCAAACGACGAAGUAGAAAUGGAGAGACUUGACAUGACACACGCCAUGAUGGUCAAAGCAAUCAAGAACAGGCUGUUUCUUGCCCCGCUGGAGAAAGACAAGAUUCAGCGAAUUCUUGAUGUUGGCACUGGUACCGGUAUCUGGGCUGUCGAAAUUGGCGAUAUCUUUGAAAACGCCGAGGUUAUUGGUGUUGAUCUCAGUGCUAUUCAGCCGUCUUGGGUUCCUGCGAAUGUAAGAUUCGAAAUUGACGAUGUCGAAAGUCCGUGGCUUCAUCAAACCAAAUACGACUUCAUCUUCUGUCGGUUCAUGGCUGCUUCUAUAGCGGACUGGCCCAAGUUGGUCAAGAACAUUUACGAUCACUUGAACCCAGGAGGCUGGGCCGAGUUCCACGAGAUGGACCCCGAGAUUUACUCAGAUGAUGGCACAUACACUGAAAAGCAUGCCACCUGGCCCUGGAACCAGACUUUCUUGAAGACAAUGAGGAGCAUCGGGCGAGAACCCUCUCCUGGACCGAAGCUGGAAGGUUGGGUGACGGACACUGGCUUUAAAAAUAUUUUCCACCAGCGUCUUAAAGCCCCCCUGGGCCCCUGGCCCAAGGAGCCACAUUACAAGGACUUGGGUAUGCUCAACUUGGCCCAAAUGCUCGAAGGCCUGGAAGGGUUUACUCUCAGAGUCUUUUGUGGCGUCCUCGGUCGAACCAAGGAAGAGGUGUUAGUUGAAACUGCGGAGGUCCGCAGGGAGAUGAAGGAAGGCGCCUACCAUGGCAUCUAUGACCUCCAUGUGGUUUAUGGACGGAAGCCUCUUUAGAGGUGCCCUCAUCCACAACGCCAUAAGGAGUUGUGGGUGAGGUUAGUACUGCCUACUAAGAGUGGUUCGCUAU